AUGGCAGCAUAUCACCCGUUAUGUCCCCUUCUACAGCGAAGUAUCAUUGUCGGUCAGGUGAAAAAAAGGUGUGAACAAUUUCACCGAACCUUUGUGAUAAGAAGUCAAGUAGGUGGAGCAAAGAAACAGAAGAAGCUAAGUUCCAAAACGGCGAAACAUAUCAACUAUGUGUUCGAGAAGAAGAAGAAGGCGGAUGAGGAAAGAAGCUUUAAUAGUAUAAAAAGGAGGAAGCUGAAGGAUGUGCCUUCUUCCCAGUUUCACUUCAUUUGCCACCUUAAAAAUGGGGAAGUACAAUCUGCAGGAAGGGGGAGCAUUUCGCUGCUAAGGGGGGCUCUGCCCUCCUCUGGGCAGGUGCAGCUUCCGUGGGAGGAGAUGGCCACGGUUGGGAAGGCCACGGUUGGGAAGGCCACGGUUGGGGAGGCCACAAUUGGGAAGGCCACAAUUGGGGAAGUAGAAACUGGGGAAGCAGAAACUGGGGAAGACGACCCAAUUGGUGAAUUGCUCUCAAUUGGGGAAAAUCGUCCCAGUGGGGAAAGCAGGACAGUUGGGGAGGCGUUCAGGUUCUUCCCGCGCGCAACCAUCCGGCAAGACAGGAGGGAGAAGGACCUGAAGAACGCGAGCGCGCUGAGUAGCAUCGUCCAUUUGGGGAGGAACAAAGACAUCUGCAACAACUAUCUUAGAAUGAGCCUAAUGAACAUAUACCACGAGGAAAACCACAAUCACGUAAUCCUAAAAGUGAUGAAAGAAUUGCAAGGCACACACAGUUACAUGAACAGCCGACAGAUAAGUUUAAUAAUUUACAACCUAUACCAGUAUUUCUUCAUCCAAGUAGUAAAACAAAUUUACGGAAAGGAUAACCCUUCGAAUUAUGAAUGGUACUUAAGGCUAUUUUACAUUGUUGACGAUGGGCUUUUCGUGACCUGGAGGAAUAAGGGCGAGAGGCACGAAAGUGAUAUGCCUGUGGAUAAUAGCUUGAUGAGAAACCUACUCAUAACGUUAUCGAGAAAAGUGAAAACGUACAUGCAUUGUGAAGAUGAUCUGAAUACACUAAGCAGGAUCGCUUUCGUUUACUCGUACUUCUCUGUGAAAGACAAUGCCCUUAUGGAGUUACUCCUUCAUAAAAUUUUCCAAUGCAUGGACAUGAAAAAAAAUAAAAAAAUAAAAUAUUUUUCACUAGCUGCUUUGGCCCUCGAAAAAUGGGAAUUGUACAGCGUCAAGUUCAUGCAUGCAUACUCUUCCCUUAUGACAAAGACAGUUGAUAAGUUGAUAAGGAAAGGGGAAGAGCUUCUUAUGAACCGGAAGAAGAAGAAGAAAAAAAAAACGAAAUUAAAACAUGUUAACCUGUUCGAUGUACACAAAAAGGAGAAAAAAAAAUUGCCACUCAUCAGUUUGAAAGACAUUCUGACUUACUUGUAUGUGCUGAACAGGAACGACGUGAAGGACAAUCAUUUUGUUGAGAAGCUGCUACGAUACGCAAGAUUGUUUUGGGGAAAUGACUGGGGAGCACAGGAACGCAUCCCUGGGGAGUGUGUAUCCUUAUCUGUGAACAAAAAAAAGGAAAGCUCCAAUGCUAACAUUGUUUCGCAGAAAAAUAUGCUCAUAACGAGUCCUGCAUUCCGUAGCGCCCUCUAUGCAAAUAGGAGACGACAAAAAAACAGGAGUAAUAUGUUGACGCUUUAUGCAUUAUAUAGAAUUAGUAAGCGUGAUGCCCGUCGAAGAGAGACGCCUAUCAAUUGUUUUGUAAAUCGAGUUUGGCUGCACGGGGAUGGAGAAGAAAGCAACUUACCGAUGCGUGACGAACCCGUUGAACUCAGCAUAAGGAGUUGGAAGGACGAUCAGUGUAAUGACACCCCCAGCGAGAACAGGAGUGCAUUUUCCCCUGCCGAUUAUGGGGCCGAGUCCACUGUCUUCAUCAACAAGCAACGUAUGCGCGUAAAUUUCUACAAAAAGGAGGUCAUUCCUAUGGGAAUUUUUCUACACCACCUGAAUCAGUAUGAUUACGCAUUUUUAAAACAUAAGGAUGAUUUUUCAAAAUUGACAAAAGUGUACAAGGAUGUACUCCUCAACAGUGACCUUACCAAUCUUCACUUUUUUUACACUCACAAGAUUAUAAGCUUUGUCAGACACACAGAUAUAUGUAGCAACUUCCUAACCACGCCGUUGUACACGUCCACUCUCCAUAAAUGCAGACGAUAUAUUUCCUUAAAAAAUGCCGGCGUCCUCUCCGAUAUGUGUGCUCAGAACCUAUUCGCCUGUGUUGUGACUCUCUACAUAGAAGUUUUGAAAAAUAGAAUAAAGGAUUACUCCCUAAUCGAAGCGUUAAGUGAGUUCUUGAUCAAAUUUUUUUCAACGUGUCAACCUGAACAAGUGACCCAUCAAUUUUUAAUUCCUCCUAUGAAGCUGCUAAGCAUGUUGCAGUACCUCCGUGAAGACCAUUAUUUUGUAGCGGAAGCUAUGGACAUAACAAAUGGAGUAACAAAGAAGGGGGGCAAUGCAGAUGAACUCCCAUUCCGCAAUACGAACAACCAAAUCAAUGAACAAAAAAACAACGUUAAGUCAAAUGGACAAAAUACGUUACAAUCAUGUAAGACCAAGUUGCAACUUUUAAACGUAACAAUUUUGACAAUGUUAAAAGGGAUAAAUUGGAAUAGCAUGGAUAAUAUUUUACUGCUCAAAUGUUACAAAUAUAUGAACAGACUAGCUGGGCAGGAAAAAAAUGCAAAGUUUUUUAUGAACAUGGUCAGGCAAAAAAAUCAUUCCGUGUGCAGAAAAAUAACCCACGCCGUGAAGGAAAAAAUGCGCAACUUCAAUUGCGAGGAAUUAAUGAAAGCAUACCUCUACAGUAGAAACAACUUUAAAAGAAAAACUUUCCUCUUGAGAAACGUCUUUACAAAUUUGUUGCUGUCAAAUGGGGGAAUUGUUCACAGAGGGGAUAACAACCUUUUUAUGGUGUUUUUUAAAACAGCCUUAACACAUGUGCAUUUAAAUGGAGUAGGAAAAAAGAAGAAAAAAAAUAUUUUUUUUUUUAAAAAUUCGAAUAAUGUAAUGAACAAACUGAUGGUGCUAUGUAGGACUUAUAUUUGCACACAUGUGGACAGCAUGCGGAGGAAGCACGUAUACUCACUAAUCAUGCACAGUCUUCUCUAUUUGUGUUCACUUUUGCAAAAAGGAAAAAAUGAAGUGAAUUACUACCGUGCUGUGAGAGGAAAUCCCAUUGCGCAAAUUCUUGUGGAUAUUGCGAGCAUCACGUUGAAGAGAUGGACUUUUAUGAACGACGAAAGGAGUCUACUCAUUUAUGUGUGUCUACUUUGUUUUCGCAACAUUGCGAAGAAAAAUAAAAAAAUAAAAAAUAUAUUUUUUAACAAAAAUGAUGAUAAGCAUUUUGUAGGAAAUUUGUCAAAAAUGUAUACAGAACAAAUUGAACAAAACUGCCUCUCCGAGUUUCACCGACCCGGCACAACGUACAUGAAUCCUUUGCUCCUUUUCCUUUUAUUUAAACACAAAAUACUUUUACGUCACCAUAGGAGAAGGAAAGAUAUGCGAAUUGUACAAAGACUGGUCGGCAGUGGAAACCCACUUUACCGGUUCAUGACGAACGCAGCAAGUGACACCCAAUUCAUGGAGGUCGCCCUUUAUGCGAUAACGAAGAAUUAUUCCGUCCUAAUGGCAGAAGACCUUCUCGACGAUUUGCAUUUUCGCACAAGUACUGUGCAGGAGCAGCCAACUGAGAACAGCACGACUUCCCCUUCCCACUUGUCAACACAGAAUAACCCCGGAGACCUAAGAGAGUGGGUUGAACUGAUAAAGCGCAUGCCAACUUGUGAAGAUCACCUUUUGGAUAAAAGCAUCCUCUGCAAUUUUGUUGCACGUAAGAAGUCCGUGGAGCAAUCUAUAAAAGUCGCAUUAAGCAUGAACUUGUCGGAAACGUUUUGUUGGUAG